GGGGGUUUUCUUUGUGGUUUUUUCUCUCUCUCUUUUCCGGAAAACAAGCUGUAAAAUCCCAAAAAAUGUGUAACUUGAUAAAGAAACUAAAUGGUCAUUUAUAUCUGCAAAGCCCGGAGCAUUCGGAGGCACGCAUAUUUAAUUAACGAGAAAGGGUUAAAAAUGGUUGUUGGGACAGUAGCAGCGGUAUCUAUUAUAUGUACUGGUGGGGCAGCACUUGCGCCAAUUACUGUUGGUAGUGCGUCAUUUGGAGGAGCAGCUGGAGCAGGCGGCGCGAUGGCUGGUACAGCUUCAGCAGUGGCAACAGCUGCUGGUGUAGGAACAGCUGGUGGGGCGAUAGCAGGAGCUGGUGCUGUGGCAACGGCCGGAACGGGUGCAGGGGCGGGCACUAUUGCAUCUGGUGCAUUAUGGGGUGGUUUGGCCGGAGGAACAGCCGGUGCCGGGGUAGGUGGCACAGGUGCUGGAGCUGGUGCACUUGUUGCAACUGUGGGCACUGGUGGCUUAGCCUUGUUAGCCGUUGGUGCAAGUGUUAAUCAAGAAGAUGAUGAAAUAAGCUAUGAUUGUUGGAAACCUGUGGUACAUGAUACGUCUUCGGAAAGAUCAAAUGGGAUGCUCCUGAAAGACAUGGUGUGUCAUCCUAAUGUUGCAAACGUUACCAUGACAACGGGAAUAUGUGACAGCCUUCCGAGUAUCCUCAUUGAAAAUAUUUGGAACGAAACGUUUGAGAUCGAGUAUGUUUUUAUACACAACUCGGGCAAGAUAGCGUGCCAUGCUAAACCUCUUUGAAUAUGAAAUAAGAAAAUAGCAAGUCGUAUGUAAAACGAAUGUGAGAUCAUUUUCAAUUUGGAUAAUGUAAAAAAAUCAAGUUUUGAAAGGGGAAAAACAUAUUUUUUUAUUUACUUUCUUUUGCAAACAUAAUAUGAAUUCCAAUGUAAUACAUUGUUGAGUUUAAUACUGAAUGCCAUUGGACGAGUACUCAGCUGUCAAAUCUUCAUUGGUAAAGGUUUGGCAAUUUUGAACUUGUCCAAUAGAAUCAGUAUUUUUCUCAAAAAAUGUAUAUUUUGUGCUCUAUUUUUAUGGGAGACAUUGAAUUAUUCUGACAAGGUGAGAUGAAUAGUGGAAUUACAUUGGAUGAUUUUAGUAUAAAUAUUGUUUUAUUUGCCGAUGACAUGUUUUUAAUUGGUAAAACUCGAUGAGGUCUCCAAAAUAGUCCUAAAUCUGUAUAUAGAUAUUGUUGUUAUUGGGGUCUUGAGAUAAUUACGACUAAAACAAAAAGUGUUGUUUUUCGAAAAAGGGGUCGAUAAAAAGGUCAGGGAAAUGGUAUUAUGACAAUUAAUGAGCCGUUGGAGAUUGUAAAUGAUUUUAACUAUUUAGAAGUCGCUUUAACUAUACAGGUUACUUUGUUUCAAAUAAUCAAUUUAUUGUAGGCAAAUCGUGAAACAUCAUGCGACUUUUAUGAAAUAUGAUGUUAAUCUAUCUAUUCCGAUCCAUAUAUUUGACUUUUUUGUUGGCUCUAUUUUGAAUUACGCAUGUCCAAUACGGGGUUUCUCUAAAUCUAAAGAUCUUGAGAGAAUUUCAUACUAGUUUUGUAGUCAUACAAGUAUAAAAACAUAUUGCACGUGGUGAACUUUGACGAUAUCCUUUAUUUGUUAAUCAUUAAGUAUUGGUUUAAGCUAAUGAA